AUGACGAGGACAGAUCCAGGGCGAGUACCCAAUAUACCUGCGAAGAUAGUGCAACAAGCUCAUGUCACUACACUCCAUGGGGGAGUUGGUCUAACCAUGGCGAGAGUAAGAGAGGAGUUCUGGAUACCCCGUCUUCAGAAAUUGACAAAGAGAGUCGCGAGAAAAUGCAGCAGAUGCAAACGCUUUCAAGCCGUGGCCUUUGCAAAUCUGCCACCAGCACCUCUGCCAAGAGAAAGAACGGAAGGUAACAGGCCCUUCAACGUGAUAGGCGUGGACUUUGCUGGACCUGGGAAAUACCGUGACAAGCACAAGGAAGAGCAAAAAGCCUAUGUGGUGUUGUACUCCUGCAGCCUAACCCGUGGAGUGUUUCUGGAGUUACUGCCAAGUUUGGAGACUACAGAGCUCAUCAAGAGUCUGAAGCAAUUAAUUGCCAGAAGAGGACGUCCAUCUAAGAUCUAUUCGGACAACGGUCAAACGUUUGUCGCUGCAGCCAAGUGGCUAAAGAUAGUACAGAAAGAUGAAAGAUUCCACUCGUUCCUAAGUGAUCAAUCCAUCAUUUGGCAGUUCAACCUCAGCCGAGCACCCUGGUGGGGCGGACAAUUUGAGCGACUGAUCGGGUUAAUGAAGUCAGCGUUCUACAAGACAGUUGGUCAAGGACAGCUCAGCUGGGAGGAGCUAGGCGAAGUUAUCUUGGACGUCGACGUGACCCUUAACAAGCGUCCGCUGUGCUACCAAGAGGAAGAUGUUCAACUUCCUACAUUGACGCCAAACACGUUUCUGUUCUUCAACACCAAUAUCCUGCCCAAAUUACAGCCACACCAGCUGGAUAACAAAGAUUUACGGAGGCGUGCCAAGUCCUUGCUGAAAACUAAAGAUGCAUUGUGGCGUUGGUGGACGGGCGAGUACCUGCGAUCACUACGUGAGCGCCAUCGUCUUAAACACGGUGACAAGAAGUAUACCCUUGCUGUUGGAGAUGUAGUCAUCAUCCAGUCUCCUGAGCGGAACCGAAACUGCUGGCCUCUUGGUAUUGUCGAGCAGCUUAUUGAAGGAAGAGAUGGUGUAAUUCGAGGUGCAAGGUUGCGAGCAGGCCGAUCACACCUCGAACGCCCUAUCCAGCACCUCUAUCCCCUGGAACUGUCGUGUGACCCUACAGCACCUGUGUUCAGACCUAGACGAGAUGCAGCAGUUGCAGCCAGCCUUCGAAUGCAAGAAGUGGCUAAGGAGGAGGAGCUGGGCUAA